AUGGCAAGAAACCCCGACAAGCUUACGAAAUUGGAGAAAGAGCUUGACAAUGCUCUGGCAGCGGGUAUCAUGUCCAUCUCUCCUCGAUUUGACGAGAUUGAUCCUCUGAGAUACCUCGAUGCCUCGAUCAAAGAGGCCAUGCGAAUCCAUACGAUCUUGAAUUUGCCUCUCGAGAAGGUUGCUCCGCAAGGCGGAAUAGAAGUAGCUGGCACCUUUGUCCCCGAAGGCACAAGCAUCACUCCCAGCACCUUCCUCAUCCACGAAAGUGUAGCUGUGUAUGGGGAGGACGCCACAUCGUUCAGCCCAGACAGAUGGCUAGACGCCAGUGACGCUCAAAAGCAAGCUAUGGAAAGAUCUCUCUUGGGUUUCUCGGCUGGAAGGCGUGUGUGUCUGGGUAGAUACAUUGCAUUGUUGGAGAUGAAGAAGACAAUUCCAACGGUGUUACUACAUUUCCGGAUGAGUCUCGUCGAGCCAGAUAGGGAGAUCAGCUAUGGCCAUAAUUUAAUUGUCAUUCCGGAUGGGAUAGUUGUGAAGAUUGAGCGUCGUGUUGGGCGCACCCUUGGUUCUUAG